AUGAUUUUACCAACAGUGUCAGUGUUCGCUGGAUCCCUUCUGCGUGCAACGCACCAUUUUGUUGUUUAUCUGCUUGCCAAAUGGAUGUGGCUCCUCUUAGUCUUCUUGAUUGGCCACUUUCGCCGCUCCAUAACGUCUUAUAUCUUCAGCCGUCCCGAAAAGACAAUGAUAACAGGAAUGCCUACCGUUUUCGGUCAGUGGCUCACAAGUCUGUCAUAUCACAUUGUUUCAUCGCAGAUCGUUCGUAACGGUUACAUCAAAGCUGGCGGAAAGCUGUUUGCCGUUCCGACCUUGGACAAAUACCAUAUUUUUGUUUCCAAUCGCGAGCAGAUCGAAGAAGUCGCCAACGCACCAAUCACUCAGCUCUCGUUCACUGCUGCAAUUGAUGAGAUUCUUCAUCCUCACCUUGUCUUCAGCGGUUUCAAGUUCGACCCCAAGGAUCCUCACUAUGUGGUGCCCCUCCACGCCUUGAAAAUAUCGCUCAGAGAAAAUCUACAAUCUUUGAUUCCCGUCUUGCAGGAGAGGCUAGACUUGGCGUUCGAGGCAGCUUUUCCAGCUGGGAAAUGUGCCGACAGAUGGCUACCAUUUUCACCACACAAGACAUGCCAGACUAUGGUUGAAACAUUGAACAACAUAGUACUCGUUGGCCAAGAUCUUGCAAAUGAUCAAUCGUAUCUCGAAACCGCGAUGAGGUACACGCGCGACGUCAUGAUCACGGGGGAGAUUCUACGGUUCACGCCUCCUGGCCUACAGACACCGAUCGGAUGGCUUGCCAUGACUUGCUCCGGUGCCAAGGCGGUGGUGUAUGAGAGGGUGACUUCUGCAAUACGGGACCGAAUGGAUCAUCCUCGAAAAGAUCAAGAGAAGCCACGUGACUUUCUACAAUGGACAAUCGAUGGAACAAGAAAGAAGUCUCCGCAAACAGUCAACAAAUUGGCACAGCAUGCAAUGGGUUUGCUAUUCGGCGGUGCUAUUCAACUUUCCAUGAUAACCAGCUUUGCUCUCUAUAACCUUUGCAAGCAUCCCGAAUACCUCGGGCCUCUUAGAGAGGAAGCCGCAGCGGCAAAGCGAAACAAAGAUCAGCCAUUUGACCACGACCAAAUGUAUCUAAUGGAUAGCUUCCUCCGAGAAACAGGCCGACUCAACCCUACCAUGAUCUUGACGAUGCCGCGAAAAGUGCUCGCUCCCUUCGAGUUCGCCGACGGGACUACCGUCCCCGUUAAUAACUGGAUAGUCGUGCCCCAGGAAGCGCUCAUGCAGGACAAAGCCCACUACGACGACCCACAGACCUUCAACGGCUUUCGAUUCGUCGACUCCACUGGCAAAAUGCACCCCUCGGCUCGCUUCUCGAGUCCCAGCCUGACUUAUACUCUCUGGGGAGGGCCUAAAACAGCUUGUCCAGGUAGAUUCUACGCCUCGGUGGUCGCGAAGAUGAUUCUUGCGGAUUUCAUCCUCAAUUAUGACAUCAAGUUGGCGGAUCCGAGCGCUCCGCGAUUCAUGAAAUGGAGUUAUACGUCUAUACCGCAUCCAUUGACACGGCUACUCAUUCGAAAUAGGAAUAGCUGCUAG